CACAAAAAAAGAGAAACAAAUCAGUGCAAAUAAUUCACAAUAAGCAUUAGUAGAAUUUACAAGUGGUAAAGUGUAAGCCUUAAGCUGGCGCUCAAGGUCAGGAAGCAUCUCGCCUCAUACUCGCCGACUUUGCUGAGUGCCGCGUUCACAAGCUUGAACAGCGCCUACAACAGCAGCAGCGAUACCGCACCGGACGAGGAGCCGGAGCAGCCUCAGCUCAGCUCCGGUCACCAGCAUCAGCGCCAUCAGCAGCGCCAUCGUCACAGCAGUCACCAUCCCCGAGAGAGUCGACUGAGCGAGAGUAAUCACCACCAGAACAACAACAACAAUCAUCACAGUCACGGCCAGAGGCUGGACGAGAUGGGCGGACCAACGCCAGUGGCCGCGAGCAGCGAGGGCGGCCAAACAUAUUGUCUUCGCUGGAACAAUCAUCAGACGAAUCUCGUCCAGAUUCUGCAUGCACUGCACGAGGUUGGCAGCUAUGUGGACUGCACCCUAGUGGUGGACGAUGAACAGUUCAAAGCGCAUCGCGUUGUGCUCGCCGCCAAUUCGCCGUACUUUCAGGCCAUACUCCAGGAUGUGCCUCAGGAUCAGUGCAGCAUCAUUCUACCAGGCGUGAAGGGCUUCGAGAUUGCCGCCCUGCUCCAGUACAUGUACACAGGGGAAACGACGGUGACCAAGAGCCAGGAGCCCGAGAUACUGCGCACCGCCAAGGAGCUGCAGGUGAAGGGUCUCUACGACAACCUCAUGAAGUUCAACAAUCACAAGGCAGCCGCCGUCGAGGAGCGCAGUCAUCAUCAGUUCGAGGGCAGCUCGCAGUCCCAUCAUCAUCAUCAUCAUCAAAACUCCGCGCCCACCUCUAGCUCAGGCAGCAAGUCCCACAACGGCGCCGCCUCGGAAGCAGGCUAUCAGCAACAGCAGCCACAGCACAAUUCCUCCUCCGUGAUCUCAACAUCGACGCACAUCUCACCCAGUGCCGCCAUCUCGAGCAGCUGCUCGCCGCCACCGCCCCCCUUCGGCUCCUAUCAGCCGCCCUACACAAGUUUCCCGCCCGCCCAUUCCAGCGGCGUGCCCCUCAACAUGAAUGCGCACAUCCCCGCUGGAGAGACACCGCUCACACCCACACACUCCACUCCACACGCUGCUGCCGCUGGCGAGGCUGGUCACGGUCAGUGGCCACUGUCGCCCUCCGCUGCCGCCGCUGCUAUGUUGAACUCCGUCUACGAAUCCGCUGCUGAUAUGAAUCCACUGAAGCGCAAGAAGCUGUCGGCCAUCUCGAGCAUGCUGCUCAACAGCACUCGGGAUACGCCUAUUUUGCGCAAUGUGCUCGCCCAGGCGAAUCCAGCAGACUCCUCGCAACCCAAUCCCCUGCUGCUGCCUGGCGUCAAGAGCUCCUCCUCCUCCUCAGCCGGCGCCGACAAGACACCCACGCAUCAGCAUCCUCACUCGCAUCAGCUGGGCAACGGUGGAGGCAGUGCUGCUGGAGCAGGCAGCCAUAGCUUCAAUGGGUCGGACUACGGUGGCGACAAAGAGCCGCUGUCACCGCACACGGAUCGCUCCUUCGACGAGGAGACGGGCGGCCAAGGCGGCAAGAAGCCAGAGUGGAAGCGCUACAAGCAGUACACCCGAGCGGACAUGAUGUGCGCCAUCCAGUGUGUGCGCGAGGGCAUGAGUGCGCUUCAGGCGAGCCGCAAGUUCGGUCUGCCCAGUCGCACGCUGUACGACAAGGUGCGCAAGCUGAAUAUCACCACCGGACGUGGCACCCAUCGCACUCCUAAGCGCAGUCCGCCUGGCGUCGGUGGCGUUGAAUCCUCUGCCGCAUUUCCGUAUUCCGCUGCUGCCGCAGCAGCUGCAGCCGCACACAACUAUGGCCAGCCUGAGCUAGAGCGUGAUGUCAAGGAGCAUGGCCAUGGUCAUCCUCAAGGCACGGGCCAUGCGCAUCACGGCAUGCCACCCACGAUUCCCCACUCGGCGGCCGCGCUGCUCGAUCACGCCUUCCUCCAACAAGCGCUGGAGAAUCGAGGCAACGACAUUGCUGGACGCGAGGCGCUCCAUGCCAUGGCCCUGGCGGCCGCGGCGCAUGCGGCAGCCAAUCGCAUGUCCAGCAGCCCGCCCGGCUCCAAUGGUCACGUCGUCCGUUCGCCGGGACAUUAUGCCGAGCAGGAGUCAAUGGAGAAGCACGGCCAGGCGAUGAUUAAGCGCGAGGCAAUCGAAGAGGAGCGUGAUGCCGAUGAUGAGGAUGAUCACGAACAAGAUCACGAACACGAACAUGAACAAGAUCACGAUCAAGUUGAGGAUCUGUCGCUGGCACGCAAGGAACGUCCCGAGUCCCCCUACUCGCCUCCUCCGCCUCGCGCUGCCUCGCCAAUGGAGAGCGCCAGCGUGAUCAUGCAUUCAAACUCCGCCUCGGCGUCCAUCAACGGCAAAGAGGCCCACGAACUGGAGCAGGAGCAUGAGAACGAUCAUGACAUGGUCGAGGACUACAAUAGGGAUGAGGUGGUGCACUCGCCUGCCAUGGUUGUCGGUCUGAAGCGGGAGCUGCUAGGCAGCGAUGAGGCGCAGGCGCGCACCGACUGAUUGAUGCUAACGAUGGCCUGGCAAUAUGCGGCCGACAGCCAUGAUUCCAUAUUCUAGGCCAGUCAUCCCCCAACAUCAUCAUCAUCUCUUUUAUCCCACACUCUUAAUUUUUCUGGUUCGGCGUACAACGUACAAACUUCUUAUCUGUUGUGUUCUCCUCAUCGACAUGCCUCUGCGGCAUCGAUAAGCGGUAGUGAAGCUUUAAACUAAAUAAUCCCGGAAUCCAUCCCAUUUUCAAGUAUGGGACGCACUUCAACAAAAGUAUAAAAAAAAAGAAGAAAAAACACACAAAAACGAAAAAAGAAGAAACACAAAUCAAGUAAAUAAAUUGUUGUCAGCAUCACUUUGUGCCUAAUGAAAACAAAAAAUUAGAAUAGUGUUAGGAAUUACAACAUAUGUUUAUUGAGGUUAGUUUUCUAGUUUAUUUGAGGUUAGGUGCUAAGUUAGUUUUAAGGACUCCCACAGAAGAUCCUCCACACACACACACACACACACUGAGAGCACACUUAGCUCGUUAGUUGGUAUCUAUUGAGGCAUAAAUACUGUCAACUGUACACUCACAUAAGACUGAAGGAUAGUGGGCGUGACAGAGCAAAAGAGGCUCAAUUAAUGCAUAGACAUAGAUAUAUAUGUAUGUUAAAUAUAAAAAUCAAAAUAUGAAUUUGUGUAUGCAUAUAGAUGAAGAACGAUGGGAGAGAUCAGCAACAAGUUAGCAAUACUUUGUAAAUGCCAGUGAUUUGUUUAAAAAAAUUUAUUCUAGUUUAAUGUUUUCUGAAUACGAAUAACGAAUAUGUGUUUUUGAGCUGCGUAUAAAACCGAAACUACCUCAAAUAUCUCAAAAAUCAAUUGCUAUAUAA